AUGUUAUACAUUGAUGGUACUACACUUGAUACAUAUGGGCGACAUUCUGAAUACCCAGUAUUUUUAACGCUUACUAAUAUUCCUAAUUGGCGCCAGAAUUUCCCUGAUGCAAAGGUUUUUGUUUGCUUUUUACCACAAUUGAGUACUAGAGACGGUAAACUUCGAGAAUCUAAGAAAUUUAAACAAUACAAGCGAAAUUUGGAACAACGUGCUCUGAAAUAUUUGCUAAGCCCACUUCUUCGGAAAGAAGACAUCUACUUGGCAAUAAAUGGAAAAGUAGAACAUUUUAUUCCACAUAUAUCUACUAUAUUAGCUGAUAUGUCAGAGGCACAAAGUAUUUGCUGUACUUACAAAUCAUAUUGUACAACAUGUCCUUGCUACAAAUGUCUUAUACCGGGAGAUCAAUUAAAUAAUAUGCACGCAUGUUAA